AGGAUCAUGCUGGUCCCGCAGGCAGUCAAUUAUGGAACGUUGGGAAGACAAAGUUGCAGUCGUGACAGGAGCCAGCUCUGGAAUCGGGCACGCAAUCGCCAUCACUUUAGCCAACCAUGGCAUGAAGGUGGUCGCAGUCGCCAGAAGGCUUCAAAGACUUAAGGAUUUAGCUGCGGGGGUAACGGGAAAAGGUACAAUCCUUCCUUUUGCCGCCGACGUGACGAACGAAGAUGAGGUGAUCGAGAUGAUCAAAACUGCAGAAAGAGAAUUCGGAGCAUGCCACGUCCUCGUGAACAACGCAGGCGCUGCUUACCACACUAAAGUACUAGAGGGCGAUAUGGAAAAAUGGAGAGGAAUGUUCGAUUUAAACGUCCUCUCUCUUGGAGCUGCGACUAGAGAAGCUGUCGCCUCAAUGUUAAAGAAUGACAUAAACGACGGUCAUAUAAUUAAUAUUAGCAGCAUAUCAGCACAUCACCCACCAACUGAUCUAGGCAAACACGUGUACAACGCCACAAAACACGCCGUAAGAGUGAUCACGGAAGGAAUCCGUGCGGAGUUGACUAAUCUGAAGUCAAACAUCAAAGUUUCCAUGGUUAGCCCUGGUGUUGUGGCGACUGAAAUAUUCGAUGUAGGCGGUUGGGGUACAUACAACUUCGACCUCAUCCCUGCUUUGGAAUCUCAGGACGUGGCCAACGGCGUUGUGGCCGUUUUAUCAACCCCGCCGAACGUUUUGGUUGCCGAAUACAUAGUGCGCCCCAUGAAGGAGACAGUUUUUGCAUAAUCUAGUUACAUUUUUUAUUCACGAGUCUAUGUCCAGCAAUGCUUAAUCAUUUGUAAGCCCUUAAUAAAGCUAUCGUUGUGUGCAAUAUGUA